UACAGAUUGGUUCUGUAUAUCACUUAUAUAUUAGUUACAUAAACAAAAAUGUUUGGUCUCUAAUAGGAAUGCAGUCCCAUCCACCUUCUCUCUCUCUCUCUCUCAAAAGAAAAAAAAACUUUGUCUGGUUUGGACAGACAAGGUUUUGGAGCAAGAUGAAUCUUGCUUUGAAGUAUAGUUUGUGAGAUGUACUUUGAGUGGACUUCACAGAAGAUUGUGACAGAUAUCUUUCUGUGCUGGAUUAGAUUUAGAUCACUCUUCUGCUCAUGGAAAGAAACCCACAGACAGAAUAAAUCAGCAGGCCAAUCUUUUAGCAAUAAAGAUCUAUUUACACUUACAGAUUAAUCUGUCUAGAAGAGGCUCAUACAUAUGCUCAGAGCUCAACAUCCGUUUGCACCACUGGAGUUUUCCCAUUGUGCUUCUGUGUAAAACAGCAGCAUAUGGGAGUCGGGCAAAGCUUCAUUGGAUCCGAUUUCAAGGAUAUACCAUACCAGUGCUAGUGUUACCACAUUUGUCUAGGCAUCAUAAAGGGAUAGAAGAAUGAUUGUUCAGACCACAAGUUUUCCAUGUGACACAUGUGCAUCAUCUCAUUUGUCCAUUUCUGUCUAUUCUUACACUCUUGAGUCAGGGGCUGUGGGACACCCCCAGCCCUGACCCACGAGGCCGCAGGUUAAGAGAUCCAUUCCUGGAUGCUGUUUGGCAGGAGGCCCACCAUCAAUGUGCUCCUGUUUGACCUCCAGAUCAAAUGUGUGAGAGUGGGAGGAGAGGUGAGAUGGAGUCAGAGGAGACAGAAGGACGCACUUUAGUGCAAGUGAUCAGUGAGAAGUACAGCCCGGAAAACUUCCCAUACUGCCGUGGGCCAGGAGUUGGAGUGGUGAUCCGGUCGAGUCCCCAGGGUUCACCUGUCAAAGAUCGUCUGAAUCUGCCCAGCAUUCUGGUUCUGGAUGGUUGUGGAAUCACGGAGGCCGGAGAUGAGGAGGAGGUGGCCACUUUCUGUGCUCACGUGGUUGAGCUAGACCUCUCUCACAACCAGUUAAAAGACUGGGGAGAGAUAAGCAAGAUCCUGUAUAACAUCCCUAACCUAGACUUUCUCAAUCUGAGUAUGAAUCCACUGAGAGGGUCGAGUCUAGAGCCUGGAGUUGCUGAAGCGUUCUCAGGCCUCCGCCGCCUCGUGCUCAAUAACACGCAUGUCACCUGGGACAUGGUGCAUGCACUCACACGAGAGAUCCCUGAGCUGGAGGAAUUGUUUUUGUGUCUGAACGAGUAUGAGAGCGUGAGUGUGUCAUCUACGCUGUGCCUGUCCCUGCGCCUACUGCAUAUCACAGAUAACCAGCUGCAGGAUUGGGCGGAGGUGCGCAAGCUGGGCCUCAUGUAUCCAGGCCUGAUGUCUCUUAUCCUGGCAAACAACUCCCUCUCGUCUAUCCACGAGCCUGAGGACUCCCUACAGAGACUUUUUCCCAACCUGCGCAGCAUCAACCUACACAACUCAGGUUUAAAUCGCUGGGAGGACAUUGAGAAAUUGAAUUUCUUCCCAAAGCUUCAAGAAGUCAGACUGAUGGGUAUUCCUUUACUGCAGCCCUACACUGAUCAGGAGAGACGUUGUCUUAUGGUAGCACAUUUGCCUCACGUGACUGUAUUGAACGGCAGUGUUGUCACUGAUGGAGAAAGAGAGGAUGCAGAGCGCUUUUUCAUCCGCUACCACCUGGACUGCCCUGAGGAUGAGCUACCCCAAAGGUAUCACACUUUGGUAGCACGCUAUGGCCGCCUAGCCCCACUUGCAGAGGUGGAUUUGCGCCCUCUCUGCCAUGUCCAGGUAGAGGUGCGUUUUGGGCACCAGGCAGAACCCCUAGAGCUCAGAUUGGAUCAGACAGUGGCAGACCUAAAGAAGCAGUUGAGGGCUGUGGUCCAGCUACCUCCAAACAAGAUGCGUGUGUACUAUAUCGACCGGCAGCUUGGCUAUGCACUAGAUCCUCAGGAGAUGAAAUAUGGAGCACGAGCACUUCAUUCCUACAGUAUACGAGAUGGAGAUGAAAUCUUGGUGGUGCCCAAGACACAGUGACAGAAAAGAGAGCAACAACUGAGCACUGUUUGGAAAAAAUGACUGGUUUCCAGAGUUAUUGGAAUACCAUCUUCCAAUUAAGGCAAUGUGAAUUCUGUGAACAGAGCACAAAUGAGCAUGCCUUAUGUUUAGGACAAAGAAAAACUGUCAGUCUGGUUUUCCAGCAUCUUCGAUCUUAUUUAAAAAUGGUCCCUAAAAAGAGACAUUGGAUCAGAAUUAAAAAAGACCUUUUUAACUUCCACUGCUCUGCGGAUGUAUGUAUACAAGACAAAAAAAUGUGUGGACUUUUCUUGUUUUGUGUGUGUGAGACUGUUUCUCAGGAAUUACCCACCACAACCGCAUACAUGCCUCUACUCUAAAGAGUAUUUUACCAUUCAGUAAAGAUUCAGUAUGGAGUAUUUGGCCCUCUUGCAGCUGAGGGGUAAAAGUGCAAGUUACUUACGGAUGAACAUUAUUUUAGUAAUUAUGUGAGUUGAGCUUCAGCUCAGCUCUUUAUCAUGAAUAAAUAUGAUGGUUUGAGAGGUACCGGUGUGCAUUUUAUAAGGGCAAAUGUCAUUAUCAAUAUCAAAGCUAGCCCCCUCCUAAAAAAAACGAAGGAAUCUAAAAAGACAGAUAUCCAUGUCUUUUCAAUGUCUUUUGAGCAGGUAACUGUCUUCCCCUGUUGUGGAAGAUGAAUCCUUAUAUGGUUUAAUUUUUGAAUGAUUCAUUGAAUUUAUGUUGCUCAUAUUUAUGUUUGGCCAGACGUCAUGUAGCCACGCAAAGACAAAUUAUGUGAAAGUGACAUUUCCUGCAAAAUCAGAAAGUUCAUAAAUCAUUAUUUUCAACUUACCAUUGUGAAUCGGGGUAACAUCUUCUGACAUCUUGGCUAGAAUUGAAAGAUAUCAAAAUGACUGAAUACUAGUUAAAAAAUUAAAUAUACUAGCGCCUUAGGUCUUUUGGCUGCCUGUGCCCUUAACAUAGUGUUAAGGUCAUGAGAUGGGAUGGCGGGAUGGUGGUCUGGCGGGGGGUGGGGGCAUAUAGAAAAUGAACCCUAUACUCCAGCUGUAACACCAGCCACUUCUUUUCUGCUUGAAUUACAACAGGGUCACCUACAAUCCUGAAGCCUUCUAAAGUUUACACACUUUACAUUCACAAAAGCAGCUCUCCCUUUUAUGACCUCAGACCGAAUGCAAUCCCCUAGUCACCUCUCUCACUGGUGGAAAGAGUCUUUGGAUUAUGUAGGUGCCAUACUCUCACUGAUGUUUAAGACAGAUCAUGUGCUGUUGGAUUUUAAAUCUGCAUUUGAUUAUUAGCAUGCCUAUGUUACAGAGAAGGAAAACCCAAGGGGACCAAUAAUAAUGAAAAUUAAUUUAAUUUAAUUUAUACUGAGUAGAUAUGCUUUUUGUUGGCUUAUUUAAAAAAAAAGGAAAUGUGGAACACUGAUAUAUUUAAUUUUGACUUUGACUUUGAUUUUGAUUUUUUUCUUUUAAAUCUUGACAUAUUACAGGUUUAAAGGAAGUUGAAGAUAUUUUUGUUGUCAUUUGUUAAGCAUGAAAUGUUAAGGGAAGCCAUACACAAAUAACCUCAUUUUGUCUAUUUUAUAUCUUGCAAAUGACUGUCAGCGUAUUCUUUAAAUACCUGUUCCCUUCCCAAAGAGAACAGUUUGUUGAACUUAAACCAUGCCCUUUCUCAAUAUAAAACUAAAUGGGAAAUAUAAAUGUGUUGCACAGAUACAUACUAAUUUUAACAUUCAGUCUUUGUGGACUUAUUUUUUUAACCACAGUCAGCACAUACCAGUCUAUACGUUUAAGGAAUUGGAUUACCAGGGUUUGUCCUAUUCAUUCCCAUACCAUUUCUCUGCAGAAUGGCUCUAAUGUUGGAGUGACUGAUAUAGUAUAGACUCCCUCUCUAGUUACCAAGCUGUCCCUAUGCAACCCUAUCCCAGCGGAAGGUGUUAACAGGGAGCUCAGAAUCCAUUAGGGGUUCAGAUUAGCUAAAGAGGUUAUAUAUAUUAGUGCUAUUGAUGGGGAGAAGAGUCUGCAUGGAUAUUGUUGUCAGAUAUUUAGACAGCUUUGUUUCAGUGUAACCACAUAUGCCACACUGAUGAUCUGUUAUUGUCUUAUCACAGAGAAGUACAGCUUCUGUUUGCACUCUAAUCUGACUCUGUUAUCCUUAAAAGUUCCAUCGCUGUUUCAGUUGUGUCCUAUUACUGGAAAUUGAGCUUGAGUGUCAUAUUUUUGUCCAAAUCCUAUGAUUAUACCAUAUUGUUGCCACAUUUAUUUACUCACUCCCUGUCUAAUUUUACUCUUCACUGAUAAUCGCAAACCCCCAUAAUGCCCCAUUUGGAUAAUAAUCCUGCACUAUGCCAAUGUCUCACUAGAACUGCAUGUUUGCUUUUAUUCUCAUCUACAAACUGUAGUGUGUUCGCUUCCAGCAUCCCCUUUAUCCCAUCUUUCAGCAGUGCCUGUGUCUCUACAAGUUUCUCAUUGCUCAUAUUUUGCUCUUAUUGUGUUGUGGUUGUGGUGAUGACACUUGAUCCUCUCUGUUCUGCUCCCUAAGGACAUCUGGCCUCUAACGCCAAAAUGUUGUUAACAGAGCAGGUGCUGACAUCUUUACUUAUUGCUUGGUCUGUAUAAUGGUGUUUUUCUGAGUGUAAAGAGGGCUAUUGGCUCGUGCCAUGGAUACUAAUUCAGCGUUAAUGAUUAUACGAACACUGACAUGCAAUAUCGUUGUAAAAGUGUGUGAUAAGUGUUACGAGUAAUGGUAUUUACCAUUAUGUGAAAUUCUGUUGAAUGCAAUUCUGAAAAAUGUUACAAAUAAAUAGCAGCCAAGGCUUUGCAUGAAA